GAGGCUAACAACCAUUUCUUAAUUCUUACUUGAAGUUGUUUUCUCCCUUUGCUUACACUUUCAGUUUAGCUGCUAACUACUUUGAUUUCUUGGAUCUCUGAGUUGGAGCAGCAUAAAAGGUCAAUAUGGCCAUGACAGAGAAGUCAUGCUGUAUCAAACCAACUGAGGAUUGCAGCAAUUUUCCCGAAAUUAUUGAACUCAAUGUAGGUGGCCAGGUGUAUAUAACUCGCUAUCCUACUUUGAUUAGCAUUCCUGGUUCCCGGCUUUGGGAAAUGUUCAGUGUAAAGAACCCUUGCUCUCUGAUCCAGGACAACAAAGGGAGAUUCUUCAUAGAUCGAGAUGGUUUUCUCUUUCGUUAUGUCCUAGACUACAUGAGAGACCUGCAAGUAGUGCUUCCGGAUCACUUUCCAGAGUGGGGCCGGCUCCGUAGAGAAGCAGAAUACUUUAAGUUGCCAGAACUGGCCAAGAUGUUGGCUGUUAAAAUGAACAAGUUCAACUCAGUUGGCAAUGACUCAUGUCAGUUUGAUCUAGAAGAGCUUUCACCCAGGAUUGACACCACAUUUAAUUUCUCUUCAACAAAUAGCAUCCAUGUUAGUGGCUCUGAUAAUCCCAUGAUUCUGACAACUACCACUGGUUCUGAGCUCAAGAAGGCUGGCUUCAUCACUAUUGGCUAUCGAGGCUCCUAUACUCUGAGCAGGGACAGCCAAACAGAUGCCAAAUUCCGCCGUGUGGCCAGAAUCAUGGUGUGUGGUAAGAUCUCAUUAGCCAAAGAAGUGUUUGGAGACACUCUGAAUGAGAGCAGAGACCCCGACCGCCCUCCUGAGCGAUAUACUUCUCGAUACUACCUCAAAUUCAAUUUUCUGGAGCAAGCCUUCGACAAACUAGCUGAUGCUGGCUUCCACAUGGUAGCAUGCAACUCUACUGGCACCUGCACUGUCACACAUGACCAAACAGAUGACAGGAUCUGGACAUCUUACACUGAAUAUGUUUUCUAUCGUGACACUUAAAAAUCACCCAAGAAAUACAAACCCCCAAACAGUAUCCCUCCUUUGUUCCCAUGUCAGCUGUAUCCUUUAGAAAUAGACACAUUAAUCACUCUAGGCUCUUGAGUGUUAUCUAUAAUUUUGAACAAUGCUACUACUCUCAUAACCAUUUGAACCUUUGUUGGUUUUGUUCUUAUACAUCAUUCCCGUCUAUCUCUCUACUGACGUUUGGACUGUGGAGUGGAUGCCAUUUGAGUAAAGGUGUACAUCAGUAUAGAUAGUAGAGGUAUAUUUCUGGAGUGAAUGCAAUUAAAUAUAACCACGAAAUUAAAUGUGUUGAGAAAUAGCAAGCCAUGGCUUCCACGUUGUUUCUCGGUAACACACAUUGAACUUCAUUAUGUCCCUUGCUAUUUGUAUCUACCUACAUAAAACUCUAUUGCUGAACUAGAGAUUAUAGUAAGAAGUGUGAAUGUGCUUUGCAAAUGUUUUACCAUGCCAAAUGGAAGAAAUUGACAACAGUCCUCCAGGAGAUUCAUAGAAAGGUCAACCGAAAAUUUUCCAAAAUUUUUAAGGACUUUUGAUAGAAACUAGGCAAUCAAUUGUAUGACUAUUAUUUCUAAGAAUAAAAAGCUUAGCACUCAAUUUGCUUUUGCAUGAAAAAGAUAGUAAGGACAUGUAUCAUAACUAUUACUUCACUCAUAAGCAGUUGCGCCAUUAAAAACUGUCAAGAAUAUCUUUUAGUAGAAUUAAAUGCAACCAUAAGUAGAGAAGAGAAUGAUGAGCAAAUUUUCUUUGUGUAAGUAUAUGUGUAUUAAUUUAGUUUGACUAGUCAAAUAAUUGACUGUACCUAUCAAUUGUUCCAAUAUUUAUGUUUUUUGACAGGGUGUGAGUGCAUUUUGUUUUUCCAGAAGGAAAACAAGAAAACAAUUUUAAAAAACCUGAAAUUCAUCAUCUGACUCCCUAAACAGGUCGAAAGAGAGUAUUCAUUCUCAAAUGAAAACAUUGAGGAUCUAAGACAAUUGACUGAAUUAUAGAAGACUGUCACCCAAGUAAAGAAAAAGAGUUUGUUACUGCUCAUUUUAGAGGAUCUUUAUCACCUCUAAGAAAAGUAUUAUAGUAAUCAAAUAGUCUGAUAGCUUUGUCUUUCCUUUGUUUUAUACCAUAAACCUUUAUUGUUCUCAUUGUCUUUUAAUCCAUUUUCUAGUCAGGUCUUUUUAGGUUGCAAAGAACUAAAACCCACAUAAAGUGGCUUGAGAAAAAAAAUGUGCAUGUGUCAGUGGUGUGGCUGUGUGAGCAUUUUAAGCUUACAAUUAUUUUUUUUCCAACUGGUUCUAAAGGAAAUGUAGACAAAUAAAGUUUCAGAGGGUCUAGAGAGCUUUCAAUAAUUGCUAUUCUCUCUUGUCUCUCAAAUGCCAUAUGAUUUUUCUCUAAUCACCUCCAGAGCUAAUUAAUUCCAUAUGUCUCCAUGCAGUUCACAUUCUUUCCCACAAUUUAUAGAUAGCCUAAAUAGUAUGUCAGCUAAUUUGCAGCCAUCUUCUCCAUACUUCACUUAUUUUGUAGUUAAACCCAUUUUCCAACUCCAAAUCAAUUAUGGUCUAGGACAGAAAGGCUGAGUGGUGGUAGCUCUAUGGCUUGGACAUUUAUUCACACUACUACAUGUAUGAUCACACAGUAGAAACACAAUCUUACACUGUCUUUCAGUCAGCACUUCUGAUACCCUCUGGUCACUAACUGCUUUAAAGGUCAGUUGAAUAUAGAAGAUGCAACACAUUUUAGAUGUUUUUUAAAAAAAAGUUUCCCAAAAGUUCAUUUAUGUACUGUUCUCCUAGCUGUUAUCAUUACCAUAUUCUACCUAUACAAGUUUAGCCUUUACAUUAGCUUAUUUUUACGUAGGUACAUUUACUGGCCUUAGCCCCUCUGGCAUAUUUCUAGUAUUACUCAGGUCUGUUGUACCAUCUGCCCUGUAGGGAAGAGGUCACCAUUUGUUUAAUGUAGUGAAUAUAAUGCAUAGUUUCAAAAGUUAAGAAGAUGUGCUCUGGUGACUUGUUAUGUGAUGCAGUUGUCUACAGUUUGAUUUUCUAGAAAUAUAGCUAACUUUUUAAACCGAGGAUUUGUAAUACCACUUACAGCUACUUUUAUUCUGUCACCAAUUUACAUAUUCUUGGUUUAAAAUUAUUUCUGAAACACUAUCAUUUGCUCUUCAGAUUACUAUUCUUUCGCUCAGAUAUAAUUUAAUAGAAAAAACUAAUAGGAAAAAGGAUAAAAUCUCUCAGAUUUGUUUGUGUUAAGAGCUAAAAAAUCAUUAACAUAGAAAAUUUCAUCGGCCAAAUAAGAUGUAGCUAACAACUAUAUGGCUCAGUCACCUUGAGUUUUUAGUGAAAGAGAUGUUUAUAAAUAAUUGUAUUUAUAGUUGUAAGUAUCUUGUUGGCAAAAGAAGAAUCUGACUCUGAUUGAUUUUUGUAGAAAACAAACGUAAUUGGUUAAAAAUUCUGAAAGGAUAGAGAACCACAUCUGAUGUCAAACAGACAUGAACAAUAUCCAAAAUUAUGUUUAUACUGUAGUGAUAAUCUGCUAUGAUUCUUGAGUAUUUGCAUUCCACAGCUAGUACUAUCUAUAUUAAAGCAAUAUUAUAGAAGUAUGGCUGUCUCUACAACUGUUGUCUCUUUAUUUUUUUCUACCAACACCCACUCUCCAUAAUCAGAAUGAAGUUCAGGCAAACUCUACUUCAUCCUGUAAACAGUUUGUCAUUCAAGUAGUGUGAGCCCUGCAACAACAUGGUCACCUAAACAAGUUCAACACAAUGACAAUAUCAGUUGUCAUGCCAGAGUUGACUGGGGAAAUAUCAACAAGGUCACCACUAGAUGAAGAACAACAGCAAUUAAUGGCUGUUAAGAGAGGCAGAAUCAGUCUUAGUCAGGGUCAGGCCCCUGAGGGGUUAUCCGAUCCUAAGUAGUCAACACACAUACAUAUGACAUAUACUAAAUGGACAGCAGGUUUUAUUUCCUUGUACACAUGUGUAUGUAAAUAAAUAUAUGUAACAAUUAUAAUUAAAUAAAACAUGAAUUUUUGAGAGGGAGUUGGGAAGAUGCAGUAGAAGUUGUGGGGAAAGGGAGGGCUGGAAAUGAUGUAAAUACAGUACUCAUGUAUGAAAUCUCAAAAAAAAUGUGAAUAAUAAAAAAUAUAUA